CAAAACCAGUUUUAUUGCUUUAUAAAUGAUGCGUGCAAGACCCCCAGAACCCAGUAAUUCUGGUCCACUCGAAUCAUGAAUACUGAACAAAGAUAAACCGAACUUACAUAAAUCCUGCUCUGACCAAUCAAAACUGUUACACGAACAGAAAAUCAUUAAAGCCUUUUCUCUCCUGUAAUUAACAUGACACUUCCCUGUUUAUGCAGGUUAAAUCCAUCGAUAAAUUGGGGUAGUCUGAGGUUUGGAUCAAUAGCGCAGGUUUCGAGUAAAAACACUAAUUUUAUUUCCCAAGUUCAGUGAUUCCGUACUUAUCAUCCAUGAUUUAUUCUCACUGAUUAAAAACAUCAUGGCCAUCAAAGGCCAAAUUGACUGCUUCGUCUUUGUAAUAAUGAAUGACACAUUAGAAAACAAUGAAAAGUCAUUUCACGUGUGCAUACCACACUUCAGACUGAACGAACGCACUAAUCUUCUAAUACCAACGGUUAAUUAAGUUUGUUUUAAUUUAAUUAAGCGUUUCAGUUCACAGGUGUCUGAUUUCCAUGGUAGCCAAUUAUCUUCGGGUGAGCGAAACUGCUGUGGUUGUCACUCCGUAAAAUAGAUUUUUCUUCUUCAAGGUAGGACGGCUUGCGAGCUGCGUGGCUACCAAAGACUGUACAAGGAGACUUUGGCCAUAUGCACCUAACUGCCCUCACGUCAGAUGCGUUCGCGGAGCCGAGUUAGGAAGGUUGAUCGUGAAUAUUCUUCAGUCUGAGCUCCAGCCUGUCGAAAUCUGCAGCUGAGUCUAUUCUUGCAGAGCUGGUUCCGUGUCUUCGCUCAUUGGAUACACGUGGGGGACAAUUCAAGCUGACAAUAGAGAAUUAGCCGUAUCUUUGGAAGCCUGGGUCAGACUUGAUCAGAGCUGCGGGAAUCGGCACUCUACUGGUUUCUAUAUAGACGAGAAUUAUGAAGGCUUUGCGCUUGCCACUGGUCGUCUUGGUCCACUGCGUGGUAGCCGUAGCUCAGGGCUCGUCUGUCAUGACGGAUGCAAGCCAUGCAUCACUUAUGAUCACUGACUUCACAGGGGAUGCCGCCAAGAUCGACGGUUUCCAUUUGAGCAAUCACACACUUCGCACGCUGGACAGGGUGCCCAGCCUCGCCGUCUGCGGGGAGAAGUGUGUUCUCCUCGGCGAGUGCCGCUCCCUAAACUACCACCAUGCAGGGGGAAUCUGCGAGCUGAACAGGGCUACUCGGACCGAAUUCCCCAGGGAUUUCGUUGAGGAUGCCAGCAGCAAGGGAGUAGUCUAUCUUGGCCGUGCCUCACCGAUUAUUACCGAGAUAAAGCGACCAACAACUUGCCUGUGCUGUGGCAACGCGUGCCAGCAUGGCGCCUAUUGCUUGCCGAGUGAGGUACCCCAUGGAUACAAGUGUGUCUGCACCAGCGGCUGGACGGGAGACUACUGCCAGAACGCAAUAGCAAAAUGGUCUGAUUGGUCCGACUGGAGUCCGUGCUCGACGUCAUGUGGCCAGGGCAGGCGGAACAGAUCUAGGGAGUGCGCAGGCUCAGUACAUACCCCAGACUCCUGCAUCGGAGACACUGUUGAAUAUAGAGACUGUUGGAACCAGGCGUCUUGUGCAGAAUGGUCUGCAUGGACAGACGCCGGAUCGUGCUCGGCUGCGUGCUCGUGUGGUUACGGCACCGUGAAUCGCGUCAGGACCUGCCGCGACAAUCGCACUGAUUGCCCGGGGCCCAACAGCGAAACGGCCCAAUGCAAAAGUGUUUCUUGCGGAGCACCAUGGAGAUUGGUGGGCGGAAAUGACUUCAUCGGGGGAGGCGUGGCCACAGAGCACCCUCCUGCCGUGUAA